AUGCCGGUGAAAAUCGAUACUAACAAAGAAGGCGACGGCCAAACAUUUCCGAAAACGGGCCAAACUGUAACUUGUCACUAUGUGUUGACUUUGGAAAACGGAGAGGAGAUAGACAGUUCACGUUCACGCGGUAAGCCAUUCAAAUUCAGGAUCGGCGCUGGUGAAGUCAUCAAAGGAUGGGACGAAGGUGUUGCAAAGAUGUCUGUUGGUCAACGUGCAAAGUUAACAGUUUCGUCAGAUCUUGGUUACGGUAGUCGAGGAAUUCCAGGCGCUAUACCACCAAAUUCAACUCUGAUUUUUGAUGUUGAACUUCUUAGUGUCGAAUAA